ACGGCUAAGGCGGCUAGCGUGGUAAACCGCUUGGCUCCACGACAAAGGAAAAGGGAAAGUCCUCGCGCUUGCACGUGUCCUGUCUCUGAAAGCCCUUUGACCCUUCUCGGGGAAGUGUGUCGCGAGUCGUUUGGUGACGCGCGUGUCCCCCCCUUCCGGGGCGGGUUGUCGGAGCUUGGUUCGGCCGGGGGCCUGGCCCGCUGAGUAUGGACCGGAGGAAACCCUCCAACCUGCCCUUCGACGAGAGCCUGGAGGUCAACGACUCUGAGGAGGUCCACACACCGACCCCGCAGACGCCGGCCAAGACAGAAUCAAAGCCAAAGGGCAGGAAGGUACGGAGUUUGACGGGAGCCAAUAGCAGCAGUGAUGAGUUUGAUGAAGAAGACGCACCUCAGAAGGCCAACAAGCCAAUUAGCAGGCAAGCACGGCUGAGUCCUAACGAGGAGGAUGAAGAGGAGGAGGAGGAAUCUGAUGAAGAUGACUCUGAUGAUGAUGACGAGCCGGGGCCCGAGGGCGCGUACGAUCCAGCAGACUAUGAAAGCCUUCCAGUUUCCACAGAGAUUAAAGAGCUUUUUCAAUACAUCACAAGGUACAUGCCUCAGUCCAUCGAGUUGGAACACAAACUGAAACCCUUCAUUCCAGACUUCAUCCCGGCUGUGGGAGACAUCGAUGCUUUUCUGAAGGUUCCCAGGCCGGAUGGUAAACCAGAUGAUCUGGGUCUGCUGGUCUUGGAUGAGCCCUGUGUUAAACAGUCGGACCCCACGGUGUUGUCUCUGUGGCUGUCAGAGGAGACCAAACAACAUGGAGUCACGGAGUUGAAGAAGGUGACUAGUGUGUCCAGUCCACAGAGGAAUCCUAAAGCGGUUGACAGUUGGAUAGAGAGCAUCUCUGAGCUGCACCGGUCCAAACCUCCAGCCAGUGUGCACUACAGCCGGGCCAUGCCUGACAUCGACUUCCUCAUGCAGGAGUGGCCGCAGGAGUUUGAGGAGCUGCUGGCGAGGGUGGAUCUCCCUACAGCAGAUCUGGACUGUGACCUGAAGCAGUAUGUGGACAUCAUCUGUGGACUGUUGGACAUCCCCGUCUAUAAGAACAGAGUCCAGUCCCUCCACGUCCUCUUCACACUCUACCUGGAGUUCAAGAACCUGCAGCUCUUCAAGCACACAGCCUGAAUGGACACCAUGUCAUGAAAUAAAUUUACCACCAAAGUCUGAUAAAUAUUGGUUGGACUCUAGUAAGUUAGUCUUCUGUAUUACUUUACGAGGGAACCUGCCAUCUUCUAUUAUGAACCUGUAGUGGAGACAUUUUCAGAAUUUAUAAAGGACUGUCUCGCAUUGCAGUUGAUAUUCUACCCAUAGGAGCAUGAACAAACAUGGAUGUGCUGACAGCUCGUGAUUUCACAUUAAGUCUUUUACCUUUAUAACAAGUUUUUAAAUAGUUCUCUUACUCAGCAGUGCAGUGGUACUUUUUCGUGUAUUGGGAACAUCUAAGUCUUUGGUUGCUGAUGAUUAGUUUUUGCGAGUUUUUUUUAUAAUGGAAUUUCUGUUAAGAAAUAAAUUUUCUAUCCUUUUCUAGUGUUUAAUGUAUUAUCUAAUGUACCACAUUGAAGAGACAUUCUGAGAAGUUGUAGUUUGAGCAGGUAAGAGACACUUCAUGUCAAUAAAACACCAGUGUUAAUUCCAGCUGAAGCAAUUGUGAAGAAAUUAAAUUCUAUCAACACUUUGAGCCCGUCACCAACCCCUUCCCUUCAGGAACGUGAUGCUAAUGCGGGCACGCGGGCUAACUAAUACAUUUUAAGGUGAUGCUAAUGGCAUGAUUUAUAUCUGCCUCAUCUACAACCGAGACAUGUAACUCUGACUGAACUCUCGUAUUAAACCAUGAUAACCAACACAGAUGUUCAGUUUGUGCUCCAUGAUAAAUCUUCACUGUGCACAAAAUAAAGAAGAGAAAAUGAUAAAGCUAACUGUGUAUGAAGGUUUUCUCUCCAACCAGUCAACACAUCUGGAUUUACUGAUCAGUCUGCCUGUCUGGAUGAAGGACUGUUAAUCAAGUCACCUGAUGUAAUGAUCGGUUGGCAGGAAAACCUGUAUACUCACUAUUUCACAUGUACUAUACUCAUUUUUCACAUGAUCGCCUGUGACUACAGCUGAGCCCGGAAAGAUUUACCCAUGUCAUGACUGUUUGCAUCAAAAAUAUAAUUUAGAUUUAAAUAUUUAUUAAAUUUAAUGUUUGUUCUUUUUGAAGUUCAAAACCACAAACCUCUUUUUCUCUUGUAAACUGACCAAAUCCCUUUGUGGUUUAUUUGAAAUACUGAAUAACUUACAAUGACCCAAGUAUUCUGAUUCUGUUGUAUAGAAAUCAAACGUUUGGACACCAAACGGAGGACAAGAGAGAAGCGUUUGGGAAUCAUCAUUUCAUUGCUUGGAUGAAAUAUUCAACUCACAAAUGAUGCUUGUUAAAAGCUACUCCUGUACAUUGUGUUUCUACACGAGAUAAGACACAACAAUAUGUCAAAUGUGACAUAAAAGCCUACCUGCAUGUAGCUGU